GCUGGCGAAAAAAACAACGUUUAUCUCUGCUGAGCCUGCACUAACAUCAUAAACGUACAUUAACCGACAACAAUUUUAAAGUCCAUUUUACAAAAGACAAUUGACAUCAUGGAAGCUAGAGAGGAUAAUCUGAACAUAAACUUAGGAUCCAAACGAAAGGUAGCCUCCAUUGAUGAAGAAACGGAAGUAAAGAGAAAAAUACCAAGAACAUCUGCCCAGACCAGCGAUGAAAACAAUGAGCUUGGUUUGAAUGCUAGAAAUGGUUCUGCAGAAACAGAUUUGAGUAGAACUGAAAACAUAAUUCAAAACAGCAAUCAAUCAUACGCGCUUAAUCUUAGGAGAAUCACAAAUGAAUCGAUCAGAUUUGAAUUCACAACAGAGACAACUGAGGACGAUGAUAAUUUGGCAGAGAAUGAUCUGAGCAGAUAUGAUGAGGAAUCACAGGAGAGAUGUAUCCUAUAUUCGCGAAUUCCUAUAGAAAGCAAAACUGAAUCUAACAAAGAUGAAGGCUCUAAACAAAUUACAGAGAACAAGGAACAGAUCGAAAAAACUCAUAAAGCAGCUACCAGUCGCGAGGGACAGGCAUCAUUUAAAGUAGAGGAUCGAAAACUCGAGGUAAUAAAUGCUGCAGAGGAAAACAGCUUAGAAGAAAGAGUUGAUAAGACAAGAGUUUCAACUGUUGUAGGUGAAGAGAAGGAAAAUAAACAGGAUGAUUUUGGAAUUAACCCGGAUGUUUCAAGUGAAAACGAUAGCGACGAUUCUGAGAUAUCGGAUGUUGAUGAGGAUAAAGUAGCUGUAGAACAGACGUCUGAUGAAUAUGUGUAUAGAAUCCUUCGAUUUGAUGAAACCUAUCAUAAUGGGCUGAGACCAAAGAAAAUCUCCUCAAGAAUAAGUCUUCAGCAACACGUGGAGCGGGGAAGUAAAGGCCAGAAAUCGAGGUUUAUUUCUUGCUGUAAAACUCUUACUGGUAUACGAAGGCUAGGAAGUCUGACAAACGAGAAACAUCGAAGAAGAGAUGUAGUUAAGAUCAAUAUCACCAAGCUUACAUGUAGUAACAGAGCGGAGGUCAUAGACCUUACGAGAGAGGAUAUUCGUGCGCGUCAUAUUUCACGUUCUUCAGACGCAUGGGAAUAUUCAGAAAAAUUUGAGGAGGUGAUUAUUGUGCCGACGUUACAUGUUCCUUCAGAAUGUGUGGAAAAAAUUGGUGUCAUUCAUAGAAGAAGUUUUAGUCUCAUAUAAGCCUUUUUAGUCUUAUUUCCGUAUUACUAAUGAGACAUAUAUAUAUUUAUAAUUACACGGAAAUAAAUUAUAUAUUUAUAAUCUUUUAUGUUAAAGGGAUUAAUCAACAAUCACAAUUUGAAAAAUAAAGAAGAGAAUGAUUAAUUAUUAUGUAACAGGGAUUUUUGUUUAAGAUGUCAUUAAUUAGUUCUAGAUGUUAACCUUACUAAAAUGGAAGAUCAUUGUACAUGUAACUGAAACUGAAACCUUAGCAAGCUUACAUGCAAAUAAACAAUGUAA